AUGUUUUUAACAAUACCUGCUAGACGUAUUAAAAAUAUUUUACAUGCUUUCGGAAUAUCCAAGGAUGAUUUUUCCAAGAAUGGCGUUCAGUCAGUCAAAAUAUUGGCGACUUUAGCUACAAUUUUAGAAUUGGGUGAUAUUGAACGAAGCAGCUUCCUUUCAGCAAUAGCGCAGUUGAGCAUAGAUUCAUCCCAUAUUGAACGGCAAAAUAGGGACACUUUACGUACUAUUAAUUCCUUGGAAAUUUCUACACAAGAGGCUAAACUAAGAUAUCAUAAACUAAGAGAAAUUUUGACAAAUCUACGAAGGAAUUGGGACACAAAAGAAGAUCAGAAACUUAAGGAAUGGAAGCGUAAUACUACUUUGUUAGAUCAAAAAGCCAAAGAAUAUCAGCUAAAAUUAUCUCGAUUAGAGAGACAAUAUGCUGCGAUGAAUAUUGAAGGUGGUGGAUUACGAUUUCAAGAUUUGAAGAGCAAAGAAGAGCAAAUUGAGGCCUUGGAAAAGUCAGUAAAAGAUAAAACUAAAAAGUUGAAAGUUUAUCAAAUCUUGCCCCCGGACGUAGUCUUGGCUAAAUUACAAUUAGACGUGGCUCAACAAAAACUGGCCGAGUUGACUGAGACACGUGAUGAACUUCUUAAGCAAAUGGCUAUCAACCUUCAACAGUAG